UAUUAUCACAGAAAAGUAUGGCCGAGCCUCUCAAGGAGCUCGAAGAAGCUACGUGCUACGCCAACUUUGAUCGCUCCUUCCCGAUUCGGACAUGCCGCUUCUCUGCCUUCUCGCUCACCCUCACCCCUCCCUCUCCGUCGGACGGCUCUACUCUCACAUUUCCCUUCAGCUCCACACGUCUAUCAGCCCAUCAAACAGCCACUGCAUUGCUUUUCGGCCCGCUGUGCUUGCAGCCAGCUGCUUGAACUCGGGAUCAGCGCGCAAAAAUGGUUCGGAAGCCGCAAGGUGCGAGGCGCGCGGGGAGGAAGGGCUGAUGAAUGAAGGGUCGCGCAGGGUCGGAACAGGGAUUGGAGCGUGGGAUACGCGCACUGACGCGCGGGUUGGGCUUGGGUUUCGUGGUAUGGACGAGCACGGCGCUUUUUCGUAUAUCGCCCCCCUUCGGCCGCGCUCCUUUAGUACGGACGCCGCCUUUUCUUCUUAUGACGGCCUUACAUUGCCGUUGCCCCAUUGCGCGGGAUUACACGCUUCGGCGUUCAUAUUUACCGAAUAUUUGUAGAUUAUCGGCGAUUGCGCACAUCAGCCUUCGGGCGAUGGCGUCGCCUUCCCUGCAGCCCGGUGGCGCGGGAAAAAUCAUCUUCUUGCUUCCUACCUUCAUCGAGCCCGAGCAGAGACGACGAGCAGAGCCCCGAGCCCCGAGCAGCGCCAACGAGCCCCGAGCAGAGCACACACCG